AUGAAUACUUUAAUAAAAAAAUCAUUGGGUAGAACAGCAUUUUUGGGUGAUCAAUAUGAUGUUAGAUCAGAUUGUUUUUUAACUACAAAUAUUUUCAAAGAUCAAAUACCAGAAGAAAAAAUUCAAACUGCUAAUAUUUCUAAUUUAAGUUACAAAUAUUUUGUCUCAAGUUCAUCACAAGAAAAGUUUAACAGUUUAGGUGUAGAUGGCAAUUUAAAGCUUAGUAUCUUAUGUGGUCUAAUAGAUAUCACAGGCUCUGCAUCAUAUUUAAAGGAAGAUAACAACGAAAAAAAAGUAAUAAGAGGUUCGUUAAUUUAUAAGAUAGAAACCAUUUUAGAUUCAAUUAAUAUAAAUUCACUUAAAAGUCUAAUAGAUAUUGACAGCUUAAACCACAGCGAGGCCACUCAUAUUGUCACUAGAAUUAAAUAUGGCGCAAAUGUAAUUGUUACAUUUGAAAAUAUUUAUAGUGACGAGGCUAAUAAGUCUGAGGUAUCUGGAUCUUUAGGUGCUGCUAUGAAAAAAUUUGGUGGCUGCUUUAGCAUGGAUGGUAAUGUCUCUUUAAAUCUCAAAGAAAACGAAAGAAAAAUACUUGAUGAAUUUAAUAUCAAAUUUGUAGGUGAUGUUAUCCCAAACAAUGAAGAAAUCCCAAAUAGUGUCGAAGCUGCUUUAAAUAUUAUGAAAAAGAUACCAAAGUACUUAGAAAAAAUCGACAAAGGCAAAGGUAUACCAGUUGAAUAUAUUCUAAUUCCAAUUGAAACUGUUAAAAGACAAUUAUCAAUUGAAGCUGGAUUAGAAAGAGUUUACAAAAAUAUCGGAGAAGAUUUAAUCAAUCAGAUUGAAGUGGAAUUUGAACAAUUUGCAGCCCAUCAACUUGAGCUCAAGAGUUUUUAUGCAGAGCUAUUAGAAAUGAAAGAUUACUAUAAUGCCAAUCAACUAUCACCAGUUUUUGACUUUAUUAAUAAAGUUUCAGUCAACGAAAAGACAUUUAAAAAAUCAAUUUCAGAAUUGAUAGUCGCUGUUAGAAGUUGUACCAAAGAAAUUUCAUCUCUUGAAGAAUGUAUCACCAGCUAUAUUUCAUCUGAAUACUCAUCUAACGGAAUCAAAAAGUUCUUAGAACUAUCACAUCAAGCAAACCUUAAAAACCAACUUUCAUUUAUUAAAGAAAUUAAAGCUUUAAAUAUUGAUAUUGUUUCAAAGACAAUGAAUAAAUCUCAAAUCCUCAAAAAUUCAAAUAAUAAUUGUAAGCUCUACAUUCUCAACUACUACAAUUCAACAAGAACAAUGAGCCAAAUAUGGGAUCCAAUUUAUAUUUCAACUUUUAUUACCAAAUAUAAUGAAAAGAGAACAAACACCAAAUUUGCAAUCAUUGAUCUUGAAAUUCAUAACUCUUCACCAAACCAAGAGAAAUUACCUAACGAUAGUACCUCUAAAGUCCCAUUUAUUGAACUAUAUAUAAAUCAAAAGUUAAAGCUAUCAAAUUUCAAAAUUAACCAAUUCUCAAAUUUUUCUGAGCGUUUUGAAGAAUCUUUUUUCGAUUUUAAUGGUAAAGCUCCUAUGGAUACACCAUUUUUAAGACUAAAGUGUCCCGGUAAAGAUUGUCCAAAGGUUCCAAAAGAGUGGAAAUGUCUUAUUUGUGAUGAAGAUUUAAAAUAUAGCACCAAAACUCUUUAUUGUCAAUGUGGCUCAUAUCCAGUAACCAGCUGUGUUUUUAAAUGUUGUGAACCGGAGCAUGGUAACGAUUAUUUCCAACUUCCAAACAAUGAAAAAGACCAAUUAAAAUACUUACCACCAAAACCAUGUUGUGAACCAAAGCAUGGUAAUGAUUAUUUCCAACUUCCAAACAAUGAAAAAGACCAAUUAAAAUACUUACCACCAAGACCAUUAACUCUAUUAUUAUUGGGAGAGCCAGGUGUCGGUAAAUCUACAUUCAUCAAUUCAUUGGUUAACUAUGCUUUAUACCAUAGUUUAGAAGAUGCAAUUAAAGGUGAAAUAAAAGUAUUAAUUCCAAUUAAAUUUUCAAUGGUUACAAAUGGAGUCCAAAAAGAAAUAUCAAUUGGUAAUCAAACUAAAGAUGAGCAUUUAUCAGUUGGCCAAUCAUCCACUCAAUCAUGUCAAACCUAUGUAUUUUUAGAUUUAAACUUAACAAUCAUUGAUACUCCAGGUAUUGGUGAUGUUAGAGGUGUUAAAUCAAAUUUUGAACACAUUCUUAACUAUAUCUCGAGAUUCGAUACAAUUGAUGGUAUUUGUAUUCUUUUAAAACCAGACACAGGAAGAGAUACUCAUAUUGAAAAAUAUUUUUUUAAAAGUAUAUUAUCACAACUUAAUAAAAAUGCAGCCAAAAACAUUGUAUUUUGUUACACAAACUCACGUUCAACAUUUUACCAACCAGGUGACACAUAUCCAAUGAUUUCAAAAAUGGUUCAAAGUUUAAAUGUCCCAGAUCUCAAGUAUACAUCUUCAAAUACCUUCUGCUUUGAUAGCGAAUCUUUUAGAUUCCUUGCAGCACUUAAACAAGGUAUCAAGUUCAGCGAAGAUGAAAUUAAGGGUUUCUCAAAUAGCUGGAAGACCUCUGUUACAUCAACCAACAAUUUAAUAUCAUAUCUUAACUUGUUACCACCACACAAUAUCAGAAAUACUACAAGUCUAAAUGAAUCAAGAAGAUUAAUCCACGCUUUAUCAAUACGAAUCAUCCAAAUUCCACAAAUGAUUAUGACUAAUCAAAUUAAAAUACUUACCAAUGCCAUUCAACUCAGAGAAGAGGCAACUAUUGAGUUGAAAAAAGAAAUCGAAGCAAAUAACAAAGAAAAAAUAGAAAUGAUAAAUAUCAGAUCUAAGCUUUCAUUCUUUUUAAAGGAAAAUUCAAUUACUGGUUAUGUCGAUACUGCCGUAAGCAACUGUAGUGAAUUAAUUACUGUCGACCAAGUCCCUGUAUUAAUUGAAAAAAUAAAGAACCUUCCAAUCAAUGGCCCAACAUUAAAACUAGUUAUUGAAGACUAUGAGAUUGACCAAAAGCCCUCAAACUACAAACCAAUUAUAAUUAGGACAAAAGAUAAAUUAUUUUAAAACACCAUAUAAAAUAUUUAAAUAAAAUAAAUACAUUCUUUUUUUAUUUAUAUGAUUAUUUAUACAC